AUGAGAGAAGUCAACGGUGAUAUUCUGCUGAAAGGUGUAGGUGAUAUUUCGCCAGGACGGUGUCAAGUCAGUGGCUUUGUCAUCCAAAUACCCGAGAGCAGAGCUUACAGUAACGGUUACUUCAUUUUUUCCAAUCAUUAUAUGGUUUCGUGGGUCGAAGUACCUGUGCCGUACUCCAGUUUCAUUCGGAAACUUUAA